UGGGCGAGUGUAAUAGACGUGCGUGUUUUGUGUAUUUUCUAAUUUAUUAUUAUUUGAAAUAAUUUUAUAUUCUUCACGUGCAAUUAAAAAAUUCUUUGCCACGUUUACUUGUAUCACUUUUGCUGACAAUAGCAUUACAAUACUUAAUUUAAUAAAAAACUAAAUGAGUCACUAAUUAGAGAGAUAUAUACGUUUUGCGCCAACUUUCAAGGCUGUGGUCAAUAAAAGAAGUAGACGGUGGAUAAUGGUGAUUACUUGACAUAAUGGUGGAGGAAAACGACCGCCCGUAUAACAGGACUCCAAAUCGGAAUACUUUACUGAAGAUUGUGAUACUCGGUGAUGGUGGGGUGGGGAAGUCUUGCCUGAUGAGUAGAUUCGUUUCGAACCACUUCGAUGAUCACAGCUUCCACACCAUCGGUGUGGAAUUUAUGAAUAAGAGUAUAGAAGUAAAUGGAAAGCAGUAUACGCUUCAGGUAUGGGAUACAGCAGGCCAAGAACGGUUCAAAUCCCUCCGUACCCCGUUCUAUAGAGGCUCGGAUAUAUGUAUAUUGGCAUAUGGCAUUGACGACAGAAGUUCCUUCAACAACAUUAAAAUGUGGCUGAAUGAGUUCUUGCACUAUGCUGGAGUUAAAAAUGGAUUUGAGAAGUUCCCCUUCAUGGUUGUUGGUAAUAAGUCUGACGUAUCGUCAAAAGACAGAGAAGUGUCUUACGAACAGUUAAAACAUUGGUGCGAAGAGAACAAAAUCGCCACCUACAUAGAAACGUCGGCGAAGAACGAUAAUAAUGUAGUUGAGGCGUUUUCAAUGGCUGUGCAGAGAUGGUUAGAGCUGGAACAAAAAGCAGAAAAGGAACUAGGAAUGCUGGAUCACCCUGACGUGCUGACCCUACACGGAUCGAGUACCACUUCUAGUCUCAGAGCGACCUGCUGUUCUAGGUUUAGCGAUGUAUGAUAGCUUUUAAUUCGUUUGGGAUAAUGCUGUGCUUGGAUGCGAAAUAUACUAUAUACUAAAUAGGUACUAUUUCCAAAGUCGCACCACAAAAUCUGUCCUAUCUGUACAUAACAGACGGCAGCAUUUCAAGCUACACAUUGACGGAUCUUGUUCAGUUGCACUAGAGG